GUCCAACUUCUCAAUGCUAUAUAUAUAUUCUCCACCGCUCCACAUUGCAGACAUCUUAGGAUUUCUUUUUAAUAUACACAUUUUCUUUAUCAAUUCUCUAAAAACAGAAAAGGAAGAAAUGGGAUCAAUCGGUGAAACUCAAAUAACACCAACACAAGUUUCAGAUGAAGAAGCCAACCUAUUUGCUAUGCAACUCGCAAGUGCAUCAGUACUACCGAUGGUUCUUAAAUCCGCCAUUGAGCUUGACUUACUUGAAAUCAUGGCGAAAGCCGGUCCGUCGGCACUUCUUUCGCCGGCUGAUCUCGCUUCCCAGUUACCCGCAACGAACCCUGAUGCGCCGGUCAUGUUGGACCGCAUCUUGCGGCUUCUGGCUUGCUACAAUGUUCUCACUUGUUCUUUAAGAACUCUUGGUGAUGGUGAAGUUGAGAGGGUUUAUGGUUUGGGUCCAGUUUGCAAAUUCUUGAUAAAGAAUGAAGAUGGUGUCUCUAUUGCUGCUCUUUGUCUCAUGAAUCAGGAUAAAGUUUUCAUGGAGAGCUGGUAUCAUUUGAAAGACGCAAUUCUUGAUGGAGGCAUUCCAUUCAACAAGGCUUACGGAAUGACAUCUUUCGAUUAUUACAAAACAUGUCCAAGAUCUAAUAAGGUUUUCUACAGAGGAAUGUCGAAUCACUCUACAAUAAUCAUGAAAAACAUUCUUGAGACAUACAAAGGUUUCGAGGGUUUGAAUUCGGUUGUUGAUGUUGGUGGUGGAACCGGAGCCGUAGUUAAUAUGAUCGUCUCUAAAUACCCUUCUAUUAAGGGUAUUAAUUUUGAUUUGCCUCAUGUCAUCGAAAAUGCUUCUUUUUAUCCAGGAGUGGAACAUGUUGGUGGAGACAUGUUUGUUAGUGUUCCUAAAGGAGAUGCCAUUUUCUUGAAGAGCAUAUGCCAUAACUGGAGCGACGAAAACUGCGUAAAGUUUCUUGAAACCUGUUACAAUGCGCUGCCGGAGAAUGGAAAAGUUAUAAUUGUAGAAUACAUACUUCCGGAGGCACCGGACAACAGCCUAGCGACAAAGGGAGCAGUUCAAAUGGACUGUUUAAUGUUGGCUUAUACCAUAGGCGGUAAACAACGAACUCAAAAAGAAUUCGAGGCAUUAGCUAGAGGAGCUGGCUUUCAAGAUUUUCGAGUAGCGUGUUGCGCCUUCAAUUACUAUGUCAUUGAAUUCCUUAAAAAGCCUAAUAGCUCGGUCAAAAAUGCCUAGUAAUUAAGUCUUUCAUGAUGCAUUUGGCAUUUUCAUGUGUUUUGUAAUAAAUUAAUUACUCAUAUAAUUAUAAUAAAAUAUUAAUAAUUAAAUUUUAUCAAUUAGUGAAAAA